AUGAAUCAGAGAAAGAGGGUCUCAGGAUCCCAGUAUGGAGGGGGUGUUAGAUCCUCGUCCGUUAGCCGAAACAGGGUCAGCAGAGAGGGUCAGAAAAACUCAGUUUUAUGCUGGAAUUGCAGUUCAACUGAAGAUCAGUACAUCCCAGCACGCCGCCAUUCAGGAUGCAGGGAGAAAUCUGUACGACUGGUUGCAGAUUUUAAUCAAGAGCUAAAUGAGCGUUUGGGGUUAGGAAGCAAUGACACAUUGACCAGCAGUAACCGUGCGGACCUUCCGGCUGCCAAACGAUUAGCCAAGCGACUGUACAAUCUCGACGGCUUUAGAAAGUGUGAUGUUGUUUGUCACUUAAGCAAGAAUAAUGACUUCAGUCAGAUGGUAGCAGAGGAGUACCUGAGUUACUUUGAUUUUACAGGACAGACUUUGGAUCAAGCACUAAGGAGCUUCCUAAAUGAAUUUGUGCUGAUAGGAGAAACACAGGAGAGAGAGCGAGUCCUAGCUCACUUCUCACAUCGAUUCUUGCAGUGCAACCCUAUACUUCCACUACCAGAAGACGGCAUCCACACCCUGACCUGCUCUUUGAUGCUGCUCAACACAGAUCUGCAUGGCCAGAACACUGGCAAACGGAUGUCCUGCACUCAGUUUGUUGGAAAUCUGGAGGGACUAAACGGUGGGCAAGAUUUCCCUAAAGAACUCCUCAAGGCUCUCUACAACUCCAUUAAAAAUGACAAGCUUCAAUGGACAAUUGAUGAAGAGGAGUUGCGUAAGUCUUUUUCUGAGCUGGGAGAGCAACGUGGAGACACAGAUUCAAGGGGUACGAGGUGCACAGGAAGUGAAAUGGUUCCAUCUUCUGGCAGUUUUCUUUACAAGAAGGGUUUUCUGGUGCGGAAAUUCCAUGCGGACUGUGAUGGCAAAAGAACUCCUAGAGGGAAAAGAGGUUGGAAGACAUUCUAUGCUGUUCUGAAGGGUCUUGUUCUUUACCUGCAGAAGGGAGAGUAUCGUCCUGACAAGCAGCUGUCUGAUGACGAUCUGAAGAAUGCUGUGUCUAUUCACCACUCGCUUGCAGUCAGAGCCAAUGACUACCACAAACGGCCCAAUGUCUUCUACCUGCGCACAGCCGACUGGAGAGUCUACCUGUUUCAAGCCCCGAAUGCAGAACAAAUGCAGUCUUGGAUCACCCGCAUCAACACCAUUGCUGCCAUGUUUUCAGCUCCGCCCUUGCCAGCUGCCAUUGGCUCACAGAAGAAAUUCAGCCGCCCACUGCUGCCAGGCUCUGCCUCCAAACUGUCACAGGAGGAACAGGUACAAGCUCACGAGACUCGUUUUCAUGCCAUCUCCACUGAGUUGGCCGAGCUCCGCUCGUACCCUCCAGACCGAAAGGUCAAAGGUCGUGAGCUGGAGGACUACAGACUCAGGGAGGAGUAUCUGGAGUUUGAGAACAAUCGCUAUGAGACAUACAGCAUGCUCCUUAGAGCCAAACAGCGCUGUGACACUGAAGAUCUUGCUGUAUUUGAGGCCAUGCUGCUAGAGGAGGGCUCUUUGCAGAGGGUUCAGUCCAGCCCCAGCCUCCAGGAAAGUAGUGCCACCUGCAGUGCCAAGGACAAGGCUCCAGCUGGCACGGGCAAUGGCACCAACACCAACCACGGCCAGAGACACAGCUACCGUCAGGCCGUCAAGAAGUGAAGUGCCAUUUCCUACUCAGGAAGCUGUUUGUGCUAGUAAGGAAGUGAGGUCAUUCUCUUUCCUGUCCGUCAUUCCUGCUCAAUGUGCUGGAAGGAGGUGGCACUGAUCCUGAAUGAGUCUGACUGUGUGGAGGUGAUGGUGGAUGACGGUGCAGUACAGGUUGCUGUGAAGUGAUGUGAAGGUGAUGGUGUUUAUCAAGGGCUGAACUAAGGAACAGAACACAUUUAUUGGCACAUCAGUUUUUCAUUUCUGUUUUGUAAUGAUUCACAUUCUCCGAUCUCAGAUUGCAUCUUAUUAUAUACAUUAUAUAUGGGCCAAUAUUGCUUUGUACCUUUAAAAUGACUGUUUGCACUGCAGAGUCUGGAAAGUAGUCAUGUAGAGGCCGUUCACACAUUUAGUUUGAUCAUGUGGAGAUCUGUCUUUUCAGUCUUAGCCCCUUUGUUAAAUACAGGUUUUGUCACAUUCCAGAUUG